AUGGCGAGCACGGCCCGGGGGUGGCGGCCGUGGCCCUCGCUCGGGCUCCGGCUCCAGAUCGCCGCGCUGCUCGGGACGCUCGGGCCACAGGUGCAGACCCUCAGGCCAGAGAGCCUCUUGCUCGUGUCUACCUUGGACGGAAGUCUCCACGCACUGAGUAAGCAGACAGGGGAUUUGAAGUGGACGCUGAAGGAUGAUCCCAUCAUGCAAGGACCAAUGUACGUCACAGAAACAGCCUUUCUCUCAGACCCAGCCGAUGGCAGCUUGUACAUCAUGGGGACCCAGAAACAACAGGGAUUAAUGAAACUGCCGUUCACCAUCCCGGAGCUGGUUCACGCCUCUCCCUGCCGCAGCUCUGACGGAGUCUUCUAUACAGGCAGGAAGCAGGAUGCCUGGUUUGUUGUGGACCCUGAGUCAGGGGAGACUCAGACGACACUGACCACAGAGGCUCUCUCUACCCCCCACCUCUACAUUGGCCGAACACAAUACACAGUCACCAUGCACAACCCGAGGGCCCCGGCCCUGCGCUGGAACACCACCUACCGCCGCUAUUCAGCACCCCCAAUGGAUGGCUCCCCUGGGAAAUACAUGAGUCACCUAACAUCCUGUGGGAUGGGCUUGCUGUUGACUGUGGACCCAGGCAGUGGAGCAGUGCUGUGGACACAGGACUUGGGUGUGCCUGUGAUGGGCAUCUAUACCUGGUACCAGGACGGCCUGCGCCAGCUUCCACAUCUCACACUAGCUCGGGACACCCUGCACUUCCUCGCCCUCCGCUGGGGCCACAUCCGACUGCCUGUCUCGGCUCCCCAGGACACAGGCACUCACUUCUCUGCUUUGGACACCCACCUUCUGAUGACGCUGUAUGUGGGUAAAGAUGAAGCUGGUUUCUAUGUCUCUAAGGCACUAGUGCACACAGGGGUGGCCUUAGUGCCUCGUGGACUGACCCUGGCCCCUGCAGAUGGCCCCACCACAGAUGAGGUGACACUCCAAGUCUCAGGAGAGCGAGAGGGCUCACCCAGCACUGCCGUCAGAUACCCCUCAGGCAGCGUGGCCCUCCCUAGCCAGUGGCUGCUCAUUGGACACCAUGAACCACCCCCAGUCCUGCAUACCACUAUGCUGAGGGUUCGCCCCACUCCAGGGAGUAGGACUGCUGAGACGAGACCCCCAGAAAGCAGCCAUCCUCUGGCUCUCUUCUUGGAGCUCCUGAGCCUGAGCCGAGAGGAGUCUUGGGACCCAGAACCAAAUCCUGAAGAGAAAGCCUCAGAUUCUUACUCAGGGCUGGGAUCCCAAGACAUGCUGGCAGCUAGCUUCACAGCCAUCCUCCUGGGAGGCUGGCUUCUCCUCCUGAUGAGACAGCAGCAGCUGGCGGAGAAGCAGCCCCAAAUGCCCUCGGCACCUGCAGGCCCUUCUGACAUCACACAGGAUGCCCAGGUCCAGCCCUUGGGGUCCAUUCCACGGGGCCAGAAGAGCCUUCGAGACUUCUCAGAACAAAUCCAGCCACCCUGUGACCCUGAAGCUGAGCAGCUCACAGUGGUGGGGAAGAUCUCCUUCAACCAUCAGGAUGUGCUGGGUCGAGGUGCAGGUGGGACCUUCGUUUUCCGGGGACAGUUUGAGGGGCGGGCAGUGGCUGUGAAGCGCCUCCUCCGGGAGUGCUUUGGCCUGGUUCGGCGGGAGGUCCAGCUGCUGCAAGAGUCUGACAGGCACCCCAACGUGCUCCGCUACUUCUGCACGGAGCGGAGCCCCCAGUUCCACUACAUUGCCCUGGAGCUCUGCCGGGCCUCCUUGCAGGAGUACGUGGAGAACCCCAGCUUGGAACACUGGGGCCUGGAGUCGAACAUGGUGCUGCAGCAGAUGAUGUCUGGUCUGGCUCACCUGCAUUCCCUGCACAUAGUGCACCGGGAUCUGAAGCCCGGCAACAUUCUCAUCACUGGACCAGACAGCCAGGGCCAAGGCAGAGUUGUCCUCUCAGACUUCGGCCUCUGCAAGAAGCUACCUGCUGGCCACUGCAGCUUCAGCCUCCACUCGGGCAUCCCUGGCACAGAAGGCUGGAUGGCCCCUGAGCUCCUACAGCUCCUGCCCCUGGACAGCCCUACCAGCGCCGUGGACAUCUUCUCCGCGGGCUGCGUGUUCUAUUACGUGCUUUCCAGCGGAAGCCACCCCUUUGGGGAGAGUCUUUAUCGCCAGGCCAACAUCCUGGAAGGUGCUCCCUGUCUGGCUCACCUGGAGGAAGAGGCCCAUGACCAGGUCAUGGCCAGGGACUUGGUGGAAGCCAUGUUGAGCCCACUGCCGCAGGCCAGGCCCUCUGCAUGCCAGGUGCUGGCCCACCCCCUCUUUUGGAGCCGAGCCAAGCAGCUCCAGUUCUUCCAGGACGUCAGUGACUGGCUGGAGAAGGAAUCUGAGCAGGGGCCACUGGUGGUGGCACUGGAGGCAGGAGGAUACAAGGUGAUCCGAGACAACUGGUACAAGCACAUCUCCGUGCCACUGCAGACAGAUCUGAGAAGGUUCCGGUCGUACAAGGGGACAUCCGUGCGAGACCUGCUCCGUGCCAUAAGGAACAAGAAGCACCACUACAGGGAGCUCCCGGCAGAGGUGCAGGAGGCCUUGGGCCAAGUCCCAGACAGCUUCAUCCAGUACUUCACUCAGCGCUUCCCGCAGCUGCUUCUCCACACUCACCGCGCCAUGAGGAGCUGUGCCCUCGAGAGCCUUUUCCUGCCCUACUACCCACAGGCCUCUGAGGCCAGGGAGCCCCAAUAG